AUUAAUAAAUUGUUGAUUAGACAAAGCUUUUGACAAAGUAGCUACAACUUAUCUAUUCCCUAGUGCACUCAGUAUUUAGUUAGUGCAUACAUCAAAUACCUGUGUAAUCGGCCUGAUAACCAGUGUAGUCAGACAGUAGUGCUAAUGCUAUGGCUGCUGUUCAGCAACACAAACCUUCCAGUGAGUCUCGGAGUAGCAAGGCGUUUAUGGAUAGUAUGGAGGAAGAAGUGAGACGAUGCAGUGAGCAUUUGCAGCGUAGACAAAGCAAAAGGAGCAUGCGAACACUCAACGGCUAUGCAAGAAGUCCAGAUGAUGUGAAUAGUGGGGAAGAGGCAGGUGCUGGGAGGAGGUUUGCCAGCACCCUGCCCCGUUCAUUCACGAUGCCCUCAAAUCCCGAGACGCGUGACAUCCCCUUCUCUAGGUCACGUAAGAGCCACAGCCCCUCCAGUCGAACGCCACGUACACCUACCAUGAAAGCACCCAUCGGGGCGACAACACUCCAUGAGGGGGCACUCAGCAGCGACCAACCGAGAGCCUCCGAUUAUCGAGGGAGGUCUGCCCCUCCGGAGUCCUUCAACUAUUUCUCAAGCAGUGGGUCAGAGCAUGGCUAUAGCAGUAGAGAAUCGUCCCUCACUCCUAUUGGAAUGGCUGCUCGAUCUAUGUCUGAGUCGCCACGAUCAAGUUUAAGCCCACCACCCAUUGCACCUAAACCCAACGGACGGUCACGAGAAAAGGCGUGGUCUAACGUGAGGAGGGCUAAGACAGAAGAGAGCCCCAAAACAAUCAGAGCACUUCCUGAGAGCUCCACCAGCCCCCAGCCUACUAUUCCAGUCUCGAAUCAACCCAUUAAUGUAUCCUUCAGUCCUAUGGAGUUCCCAUCUGCAGAAAUAGAUGUUACUUCAACGUUCGGUGGAUUCGGAGAAACCACUCCGCUCACGUCCCCACUAAUGGCAACCCCUCCACCCAAUAUACACGAACCACCUCAAUCCACUCUCGACUCCCAUGCUACUAAUGCCAAUACUACAGAGACUACUGAGACUACUGAAGCGAUAAAUGAUGACUUGAGUAUGACAGAAACUAGCGAGCCAGAGCAAACAGACAGUGCUACUAUGAUGGAGCCGGCCAUGGAGGAGAACAAAGCUGAAGCAAACCUUGAUGAUGGUAAUUCUUUGUCUGUCACUGCUGAAUCCAAACCAGAGGAAACUACAAUGUCUGAAACUGAACCACAAGAAACUAUUUUAGUGGAAACUGCACAAAAGGAAACUAUGUCAGCUCUUGAAACCAGAUCAAAGGAUUCUACACCUACAUCAAAGGAAGUUUCACAUGAAAAUACCACACCAAAGGAAGUUACACUCAAGGAUAUCACAUCUGAGGAGCCCGAAUUUGCCGAUGAACAAUUGAUCGACAACCAGUCUUUGGCUGAACUCUCAGCUCCAGAAGUCAAGACCAUCCCUAAGAAAGUUCGAAGCAAGAGCUCCUCAAAAGAAGGGAAAGAAAGCUCUCCCACUGUGGCAAAAAGCAGCCCUGGCAAACGAAAACACUCUAGAACACACUCAGAGAGCAAGAUUCACAUCACCGUAUCCAGCUCGAUGAAAAUGGGAGAACUUAUUGAAUCUAAGAACAAUAAGAAAUCGGACGUCGGCAAGACUGUGGAUGAAAAGAUAAUGUCAAUGCUGAAAGACUUGGAAGCUAAACUGGUGGAGAAAGAUCAAGAAAUAAGUAAAGUAAAGGAACGUUACGAGAAAAUUGUCCAUGAGAAAAACGAGCAAAUUAAGAAACAAGCAAAAGAUACUAAGAAAAUUGAACGUGAGAAAUGGGAGCUACUAAAGAGGGCCAGAGAUGCGGCUGAACGUGCCCUACACCUCCGGACACAACUGGACAUGAAGGAGGGCUCCAUUCGUGGUACGCAGAGCGAACUGGAUCGAACCAAAGAUGAGUUAUUCUCUGUGAAGUCUGCCAACACCAGUCUACGAGCGUUACUAGGUGAGCUACGAGCUCCACCUAAGACAGGAGUGGACGCGGCAGUGCAGGUGGACAUUGGAGGCGCCACUCUCAAAAGAAACAAAAGUAUGGAGCUGGCCUUCACAAAGGGCGGACUGAGUCAGGAGCAACAAGAAAAUGGCCAUGCAGUUAUACCAGAGAGGGCCACAGACUUCAGAACCUCCACCACUUCUCUUAGUACCCACUGGCCAGAGCGAUCGUUCUCUGAUAAAUGGGAGAGAGAGGAUGCGACUAGUCUCUGUGAAGACAUUCCCCUCCCUCUGGGUGGCUCUGCCUCCCAGCCUGCAAUUCCCUGGCCUGAGCUGAGGAAGGGGAAGAGAAAGAAGUCUGGGAUCCUGAGUGGCAGACUGAGACGCAGCACUGGCAGCAAGAGGGGAAGUAUCACCAGCGUAGAUGGUCUUGACAUGAGUAACAGUAGCAUCUUGGCUGGGGCUGGGCUUAGGGGGACCACACCCGUCACGUUCCCCUAUUCCAGAGUACCCUCGGACAUACGCGAGCAAUGGAAACUGUUGGAACAGGCAAAAACUGUGCCUUUCCACGAGUGGACCGUGCAGCACGUGAUGGCAUGGAUGGAGGCUGGUCUGGGUAUGACACAGUAUCGUGAUGCUGUGAGGGACAGGGCCCCCUCUGGCUCGGCACUGCUGGCUCUCAGUGACUCAGAGAUGGACAAGAAGCUUGGUAUCUCCCAACCCCUCCAUCGCAAGAAGCUACGGUUGGCCAUUGAGGAACAGAGACACCCAGAAAACUGUCAAUACCCUCAUGCGGGAAAGAUUGAUCACACCUGGGUGGCCUUAGAGUGGGCUCACGACUGUGGUCUGGCUCAUCUCACCGAAGUGCUCACGGCUAACCUUGUGGACGGGCGGCUGCUGAACACCCUCAGUAAAGAGGAUAUUCGUAAAUACCUCAAGAUCACCAGGAAAGUGGAUCAGUUGAGCUUUUUCUCGGCAGUAGAGCUGCUCAGAAUGCACGACUUUAAUAGACAAGCUAUUCAGGAGCAUCGAAGGACGACCAAAAACCCGCUGUACUGGACCAACAGGAACAUCUGUGACUGGCUCAAGGACAUUCAGCUGGAGGAGUUUGCUACCAAUGUGAUCGGAGGUGGAGUGCAUGGUGCUUUGCUUUUCCUAGAGAGAGGCCACUUCACAUCUGACCACCUCGCCAGCAUCAUUCAGAUCCCCUCAGGCAAGGGCCAGCUCAGGAGACACCUGGCAGGCAAGAUGGCCAGGCUCUUCACAGAAGACGUCAGUCAAUCAGUGGAGUCGCUACCCCACCUCCUAAUGGCCAGUUCUCCAACAAGACUCAGUGCACAUGGCUCACAGUCACCGGACAGACGAUCUACCGGUAUGAAUUCUCCCCGGCACAACAGCAGUACCCCACCCCCUUCCGGUGAUUGCCCCCACCCCUCACGCAAGAACAGUCUUACACGAGGAGCUUUAUUGGAGUCCCUAAAACAACCUGCCGCUUCAGCCCCUCGGCAGUUUGGGAGGACCAGCUCCGGCCCAUCACCACAUUCACAGCGAGUGUUACAAGUGUCAGCUGCCGAGAGAAUCAGACUCAGCUUACGAGAAUCGGCACUUCGCUCUGUGAGUUCAAUCAAUGAGGAGACCACACCCACUCCGCACCCCACCCCUCGUAGUUUUACCCCCACCCUGACCAGUUCCAGUGGAACCACUGUCUAAUAACUUUGAUUCCUAGUAAAGAGAAUAAUUAUUUUCACCAUUGUUGAUUUUUGGUUUUAGUGUCUUCUGUGCAGUCUGAAUUUUGUGUCACUAAAAUAAUAGUCCUUGAACAUUUGUGUGUUUAUGACAUUAUUAUGAUGACCCUUUACCUUA